AUGACGGCAAUGGCUGAAGAAGCGGAAUCAUCCACGACGCCCAAGUUGAAGGCCACCAAUGAAUCAAUGGAGAAGCUUCCCACGGAGGAACUCGAGAAGCUUACAAUCGCUAGUGAAGAAGAGAAGAUUAAGCUAAAAUGCGCCGAUGGCAUUACCAUGGAGGUGAAAUCGUCAAUUGUGAAGGAGAUGUUGACGGUGCAGUCCUUCGUGGACGAACUCGGUGUCGACGCCGUCAUUCCGUUGCACAACGUGACCAGCGCCGAAGUCGAAUGUAUGGUCGAGUACUGGUCGGGGCGUCACCCUUUGGGUUGCAAUAAUAAGGCGGUGAGGGAGUUCAAUGAGAAUUUUGUGAAGAAGCUGAGUCUCAACGAGAUGAAGGAACUGCUCCUCGCUGCGAACUACCUCAACAUGAACAGCUUCUUCGAGGUGAUCUCGAAAGGCAUCGCGGACGCCAUCAAGAACCAGACUGUUGAGUUCGCACGCGAAUUCUUUGGCAUCGAGAGCGAUUACACGCCCGAGGAGGAGGCUGCAUAUCGCGAAGCCAACUCAUGGGCGUUUGAAAACAUCGACCAAGAUGGUAGACUAGGUGUUUAG